CACAUGACCCGCCGAGGGCAGGGUCGCAGAGGGACUGGGGGCCGGGGCGCGAGCCCGGGCCGCACAGACCCACAGGCAGCGGGCAAGACUGACAGGCGGCGGGGCAGCCUGGCUGGCCCGGGGCGGAGUCGGCUGCGGGCGGGGACGCGGCGGGGGCGGCGCGGGGAGAUCUCUGGGCGAUCGCGGCGGCGGCGCGGGGAACCGACGCCCGGGCGCCCCGAGUCGCCAGUAUGUGGAGCGGCCAGCCCCACCCGGACGAGGGCCACCCACCGUCCCCUGAAGCUGUCCCAGUCCCCUGGAAGAGUGUGGGCCCCUGCAAAAGCCACAGGGAUUCAGGCCUGGUGGAGACCCCUGCUGGGAAGGAAGCCCAAGGCGAGGAGGACCCUGCGGCCACCCGGCUGGACGUGUUGCGUCUGCGCAGCUCUUCCAUGGAGAUCCGAGAGAAGGGCUCAGAGUUCCUGAAGGAGGAGCUGCACAAAGCCCAGAAGGAGCUGAAGCUGAAGGAUGCGGAGUGUGAGCGGCUGUGCAGGGUUCGCGGGCAGCUGGAACGGGAGCUGGAGGAGCUGACGGCCAGCCUGUUCGAGGAAGCCCACAAGAUGGUACGAGAAGCCAACAUGAAGCAGGCGGCGUCAGAAAAGCAGCUGAAGGAGACGCGGGGCAAGAUCGACAUGCUGCAAGCAGAGGUGACAGCCUUGAAGACACUGGUCAUCACGUCCACACCAGCCUCUCCUAACCGUGAGCUCCACCCACAGCUGCUCAGCCCCACCAAGGCCGGACCCCGCAAGGGCCACUUGCGUCAUAAUAGCACCAGCAGCACCCUCUGCCCCGCAGUGUGCACCGCGGUAGGACACGCCCCCAGCCUGGACAAGGAGGGCAAAGAGGUGGACGCGACCCCGUUUGCAGAGUUCCAAGCCUGGAGGGAAUCGCCCACCCUGGACAAGACCUCCCCCUUCCUGGAAAGGGUGUACCGGGAGGACGUGGGCCCCUGCCUGGACUUCACCAUGCAGGAGCUCUCAGCCCUGGUACGGGCCGCCGUGGAGGACAACACGCUCACCAUCGAGCCCGUGGCUUCGCAAACACUGCCCGCGGUGAAGGUGGCCGCUGUUGAGUGUGGCCGUACCAAUGGGUUCCGGGCCCCGAUUGACACUACAUGUGCCCUGAGUGGCCUGGCCUGCGCCUGUCGUCACCGAAUCCGGCUUGGGGACUCCGAGAGCCACUACUACAUCUCACCGUCCUCCCGGGCCAGAAUCACGGCCGUGUGCAACUUCUUCACCUACAUCCGCUACAUCCAGCAAGGCCUGGUGCGGCAGGACGCGGAGCCCAUGUUCUGGGAGAUCACAAGGCUGAGGAAGGAGAUGUCGCUGGCCAAGCUUGGCUUCUUCCCCCAGGAGGCCUAGGUCAUGGCCCAGGCCUGGAGGGGGUCUCUGAGCUGGAGCCAACACCUGCCCCAGGAGAGACAGACAGACAGACGGGGUCCUAGAGCCAGCCCUGAGCCAGAAGCUGACCAGAGGGACGAAUGGCCAGGCCGUGGAGGCAGCACUGAGCCGGCAGCAAAUGUCCAUCCCAGGACAGGACCUCAGGAGGUGACCUCUCCCCCCUCGUAGUACUACAGCCACCAGGAGACUUUCGAGAAAGCACCAAAGACCAAGGAGCUGGGAGCCGUACAAAGGGGCUCAGCCCUUGGGAGGGCACCCCUGGGACAGCCAGCACCCCCUCCCCAGUCCUAGGAGCUGCUGCAUGCUGUUGCCUCACUGGCAAGAUCUCCAGGGUAUCUCCGCACCCCCCCUUUCCUAAGCCCUGGGCACCAGCACCCCCUUGUGGCCAUCCCUCACCUCGUUCCCAGGUGGGCCUGCUGUGCCCAAGGGCCAGAGAGCUAGGAGGAGCGGGCGGGGGCGGACGGGGGCCUCGCUGGCUGUCUUCCACUCCAUCCUGUAUCUGCCUGACAAUGGCCCCAAAACAUCCUUAAGAUGUAUCAGGGGCCCUCCUCCCGCCCGCCCGCUCGACCUUCCUCCUUCCCGCCAGCUGAGCCCGAUGCUGCAAGGAGCCUUCGCCCCCACCACUGCUGGGAGGAUCGGGGCACUUUCCUCCCAAAGUAAAACACAGACAGGCCUCAGGAUGCCCGGGCCUGUUUUCAGCUGUGGAUGACCGUUCCGACGACGGAGGCUGAGAUCGCCCAGCCCGGUACACAGGACUGGGGUGGGGCAGGCAGGACCCGGGCCCCUCCUCCCCCCUCGCAGGCUACUCAGUACCGGGGUCCAACCUGGACACAUCCCUCACCACGUCCGAUUUCCUCCUCUGAAUGGAAUGUAACGCGAUCUCUAUUUAAUAAAGGACGGCUUUGU